CCGGGGCGCUGGGGGUGGUGAUGGUGCUCCUGCUGGUCAUCCUCAUCCCGGUGCUGGUGAGCUCGGCCGGCACGUCGGCGCACUACGAGAUGCUGGGCACCUGCCGCAUGGUCUGCGACCCCUACGGCGGCACCAAGGCGCCCAGCACCGCCGCCACGCCCGACCGCGGCCUCAUGCAGUCCCUGCCCACCUUCAUCCAGGGCCCCAAGGGCGAGGCCGGCAGGCCCGGGAAGGCAGGCCCGCGUGGGCCCCCCGGAGAGCCCGGGCCGCCGGGCCCCGUGGGGCCCCCGGGCGAGAAGGGCGAGCCCGGCCGCCAAGGCCUGCCGGGCCCGCCCGGGGCUCCCGGCCUGAACGCGGCCGGGGCCAUCAGCGCGGCCACCUACAGCACGGUGCCCAAGAUCGCCUUCUACGCUGGCCUCAAGCGGCAGCACGAAGGCUACGAGGUGCUCAAGUUCGACGACGUGGUCACCAACCUCGGGAACCACUACGACCCCACCACGGGCAAGUUCACCUGCUCCAUCCCGGGCAUCUACUUCUUCACCUACCACGUCCUGAUGCGCGGAGGGGACGGCACCAGCAUGUGGGCUGAUCUCUGCAAAAACAACCAGGUGCGUGCUAGUGCAAUUGCCCAAGAUGCUGAUCAGAAUUACGACUAUGCCAGUAACAGUGUGGUUCUUCAUCUGGAACCAGGAGACGAAGUCUACAUCAAAUUAGAUGGGGGGAAAGCCCAUGGAGGAAACAACAACAAAUACAGCACGUUUUCUGGAUUUAUUAUUUAUGCUGACUGAUAAUGCAGAAACUAAACUUAUUAUUCUGAGUCUGAACACUGGAUUCGUAUGGCUAACGUCAGUGAAUGAAGGAUCCUGGGGGAUGCACCUCAGUUGUGUAUAUGUGGGGAAAUCAAAUGCUACCUGACUCACAUCUGUAUCACUCAGAAACAUUAUGUAAAAAAAAUAUUUAAAGCAAGAUAAGCAGAUGUGUGAUCCACUACCGCCAAAGCAAAUACUCCUUAUUGUUAGUGUCCAUGUGAAUGAAGUCCUAUAUAGAUCACAAAUUUUUAUAGAGAAAUCUAAGACACUGAAUUAUUUCUUCAAUAUAUAUGAUACUUUGGUGUACUGUGAUCUUGCUGCUUUUAUCCAUAUGUCAGCUUUGGUUCUUGUGAGUUUACCUGCUUAUUAUGAUACUUGGAGUCCAUUCAUAGUGUGGGGAAAAUCAUUUUACCCUGCAGGAGAAGGUCUAAUUGAAGUAAUACUGCUUGUCCCCAAAGAAAUUGUUUGCCUUGUGCUCUUGUUAACUUUAGAGCUAGACCUGGGAAUGAUUCAACUUCAAGCCUUAACCUGGAAUUUUCUGGAUUUGUGGGAAUUCCCAAGCCUAUGAUCAUUUUCACAUUUUCCUUUUCUUACAAGUUUUUUUCUCUCCCUUUUCUGGUGAUAGUCAUUAAAAAUUAGAGGUUGAAAUUGUAUCAUAGGAUUACUCUCUAAGUGUGAAAAUGUGUAAUUAUGUAUGGUACGUAGAAAAUCCCCCUUAUGUCCAUUUUGUCAAUAGAACACAUUAAGAUUUACUUGGAAAGUCAGAGAAAUUUAUCCUUUGGUAUUAAAUCAGACUGGGGCUUUUGCCUUCUUUGGAACAAGGGAUUACGCAUAACCCAAUGCACAGAGGUUUAAUUUGAGAUACUGCAUGCAUCACCGAAGGGACCCUAAGUAAGACCUUCAAACAGUUACUACAAAUCUGUGGCCUGAGGUUAUCGCAAAAGUAACAAUUUCACAUAUAAUCAGUAUGACAACAAAGUGUAUAUAUUUUCUAGAAAUACCCACCAUACACAUAUUUAUAUACAUAUACAUGUAUAUGUUAGAUGAAAUAUUAUAUACAUAUGGCUUCAGUCCAUGGUGUACAGUGGCUA